UAGAAACCAACCCGAUAACUUCAGUGCGGCUCACAGUGCGGGUGAGGCGCAGCGGUGACGCGAACAUGUUCCAACUCUGAUUGAUCAACUGAUUAUCUAUCAAUUAUCCAUCUGUUGAGUUAAACACGAACUAUUAACAAAACACACGCAAAACGCAGAAGAAAGCGCGUCCUGUCGUCAUUUCUGCAGAAACAGGUGUGUGAUGAAACAUGAGUCGUGAGAGUCAGAAGCGCAGAGACGAGAUUCAGAGAGCGCUGAGCUUCAUCAAAUCGUCUUUGCCCUAUCCUGAGCCUGAAGCCUUUGAGGGGUUUGUAAUUAAGCUGGUGUGUAAUCUCUUGGAUGAGGGGAACGCUGCGUUUCGAGAGCGCAGGUGGAUGCAGGCGCAAGCUGAUUUCAGCGAGGGGGUCAGUGUGGCACUGUACGCUCAGGACGAGGGUCUGCAUGUGCCCGCCGCCCUGCUGGAGAGUCUAUACAUCAACCAUGCCACAGCCCAUCAGAACAUGGAUAAGACGGUGAGUAGUUUGGCCCAAGAACACUCUGUCAGUCUGGACUUGAAGAACAGUUCUCACGAGGGGAAUGCCUUGAGUUCUCUGGACGACUGGGAUGUGCCGCCUGCGCUAGAAGAGAUGUCUUUUAAUGUAGUGGAGAGAGUGACUGACACUGCAGUUGGUUUGUCUGAGUGGUCGUCUCCUGUCUUACCCGCCCCGGUCCCCGUGAGUGAUGAGGACCCAAGACUAUUCCGUGCAGUACCUGAGAGUGGCCAGCGUGUGGCGCUGUCAGUGCCUGUCUCACAGCCACUGGAGGACAAUGAUCUGAUGGGAGACGAGCUGGACAGUCUGCUGGACUGUAUGUCUAAAGAGGAGGACACAUCACAGGUGUAUACACUGAAUGGCGUUGUCCCCAGCGGUCUGGUGUGUUUCUCCUCUUCAUCUCCUCGUCUUCCUCCUGCAUUCUUCUCAUAUGCGGGGAGUCAGUUAAACACUCUCGACUCCUUCACUAAACCUGAUGUGAACUCAGACGGUCUGGACGCGUUAGACUCCAUCUGUCCGCCGCAGGUUUCGUGCACUGGCUCUGUCGCCCUGCAGCGGCCUCUAGUGGUGGGAGGAGACGCGCUCGAUUCACUGUCUGAAUUCAUUCUGCCAGGUGGGAAGGUCUGUUGUAGUUUUCUGCCAUCAGUCAAACUGACAAAUGAGUUGAAUCCUGCAAACAACCCUCAUACAAGGAAUGAUCAUGUGACUUCCACUCUUUCCUGUCUGUCCAAGAAUCCACUAGAACACUCACAUGAGUUUACACAAGCCUGCAGCACCUGCUUUACUUCUACAGGUUCAGGUGUGCUGGAUUUUGAAUUCAGAUCUGAUGUCACUCACAGCUGCAAGAAAGAUCUGCUGCUGUGCCGGAGAAGGGGCGGGGCUAAAUCACCCUGGAGGCGGAUCCGGCUCCGCCCAACUCAUAAAAACUUCCAGAGUGCCUUUGUGCUCUGUAGAGAGAUUUUGGAGAAUCAGGUGUGUACGUUUGGCGAGGACUGCACAUUCGCAUAUUGUCAAGAAGAAAUAGACGUGUGGACGCAGGAGAGGCGGGGCUUACUCGUGAGAGAGCUGCUCUUCAAUCAUUUGGCGACCAAUCAGAGACAAGCGCUCAGCGUCAUCAAACUCCUGAAUGAACACACGGGCAUGUUCAUGUUCCUCUGUGAGGCCUGUUUUGACUGUAAACCCAGAAUUAUCAGCAAACGCUGGAAGGAGAAUCCUGAUCUGUGUGCAAACCUGCAAACACAACACCAGUUUGACAAGAAAAAGUGUUUGGUUCAUGUGGUAAAGAACAGUACAGUGUGUUACAGUAAGAUACGAGUGUUGAGUCCUCACUGUCAGUUGGACAUGUGUCGUCAUAAGUUCAGAUUCGGCUGUAAGAGAGAAGACGCCUGCUGCUUCGCUCACUCACUCAUAGAACUGCAGACCUGGAUACUGCAGAGAGGCUCUGGUAUCACUCCUGAAGAGAUCAUCCAGGAGUCAAAAAAACACUGGAACAAACAGCCACCUGUGAUCGAGACUUCACGUUUAUCUAAUAAAAACACUGCUGCCAAAUCAAACGGUCCAAUCAGAGCAGAGGACACCAACGGGAAGGCGGGUCCUGUGCAGGGAACAGGAAUUGCUGAAUCAGCUAAGGUCAAAGAUCACAGUCUUGAGCUGAAGUUUGUGUGUGGUCAGUGCUGGAAAGACGGACUGGUCAGUGAACCGGACCGGGCGCUCAAAUACUGCACUGCUAAAGCCCGACACAGCUGGACCAAAGAGAGAAGGGUUUUGCUAGUGAAGUCUCAUGAGAAGAAAAAGUGGGUCACAGUGCGACCUUUGCCCUUUGCCAAGACCUUUCCCCAACAAUUUGACAUCUGUGUUCAUGUGAUGAAGCAGCGCAAGUGUCAUUAUAUCGGGAACUGUUCAUUCGCUCACAGUCAGGAGGAGAAAGAUCUGUGGACGUACAUGAAGAACAACGGCUUCAGAGACAUCCAGCAGGUGUAUGAUGUCUGGCUCACCACGUCCAAUCAGAACAGACAGUCUGAUGGCACCUCACUGUCUCAGCCAAUGGAAGAGAAGCAGAUCACCUUGCCGACAGACUUUGCUGAACCGAUGCCGGACAGUUUUUUCUGCCGUCUGUGCGGUAAAAACAGUAACAGUGAUCGUCAGUGGCAGCAGCACAUCUCGUCUGACAAACACAAGCAAAGAGUGUUGAGUGGAGAGGGAGAAGAUGAGAGUCUGGCCUGGUCAUAUCGCUUCCCUGGACCCUGUUUCUCCAUCUGCACCAGGUUGGAGAAGGGUUGUCCUGAUGGCGUGAGUUGUGACUUUGCUCACAGUGAGGAGGAGCUUCAGGAGUGGCGCAGACGGCGGGAUUUUCUGCGCAGAUGGUUGGACAAAGCCCGAGGCGAAAUGCUGAUAUCUCCAACCGACAAUGACUUUGGGAUCUACAACUUUCUCCUUCAGGACUAAAACACACACAUUCAGUUAUCAUUAUAAUAACAGUAUAAUGUAUAACAGUAUAACACUUAAUUAUUACACACACAUCUCCAUCAAUCACUGGAUCUCUCUGAAGAAGUUUCAUUCAUUGUUGUCAGUUCAGUGUUGUUCAGAGUGAAUUAUCUGAUGUACACUAUAUUGCCAAAAGUAUUCGCUCACCCAUCCAAAUAAUUGAAUUCAGGUGUUCCAAUCACUUCCAUGGCCACAGGUGUAUAAAAUGAAGCACCUAGGCAUGCAGACUGCUUCUACAAACAUUUGUGAAAGAAUGGGCCGCUCUCAGGAGCUCAGUGAAUUCCAGCGUGGUACUGUGAUAGGAUGCCACCUGUGCAACAAGUCCAGUCGUGAAAUUUCCUCGCUACUAAAUAUUCCACAGUCAACUGUCUGUGGUAUUAUAACAAAGUGGAAGCGAUUGGGAAUGACAGCAACUCAGCCACGAAGUGGUAGGCCACGUAAAAUGACAGAGCGGGGUCAGCGGAUGCUGAGGCGCAUAGUGUGCAGAGGUCGCCAACUUUCUGCAGAGUCGAUCGCUACAGACCUCCAAAGUUCAUGUGGCCUUCAGAUUAGCUCAAGAACAGUGCGUAGAGAGCUUCAUGGAAUGGGUUUCCAUGGCCGAGCAGCUGCAUCCAAGCCAUACAUCACCAAGUGCAAUGCAAAGCAUCGGAUGCAGUGGUGUAAAGCACGCCGCCACUGGACUCUAGAGCAGUGGAGACGCGUUCUCUGGAGUGACGAAUCACGCUUCUCCAUCUGGCAAUCUGAUGGAUGAGUCUGGGUUUGGCGGUUGCCAGGAGAACGGUACUUGUCUGACUGCAUUGUGCCAACUGUGAAUUUUGGUGGAGGGGGGAUUAUGGUGUGGGGUUGUUUUUCAGAAGCUGGGCUUGGCCCCUUAGUUCCAGUGAAAGGAACUCUGAAUGCUUCAGCAUACCAGGAGAUUUUGGACAAUUCCAUGCUCCCAACUUUGUGGGAACAGUUUGGGGAUGGCCCCUUCCUGUUCCAACAUGACUGCGCACCAGUGCACAAAGCAAGGUCCAUAAAGACAUGGAUGAGCGAGAUUGGUGUGGAAGAACUUGACUGGCCUGCACAGAGUCCUGACCUCAACCCGACAGAGCACCUUUGGGAUAAAUUAGAGUGAAGACUGCGAGCCAGGCCUUCUCAUCCAACAUCAGUGUCUGACCUCACAAAUGCGCUUCUGGAAGAAUGGUCAAAAAUUCCCAUAAACACACUCCUAAACCUUGUGGAAAGCCUUCCCAGAAGAGUUGAAGCUGUUAUAGCUGCAAAGGGUGGGCCGACGUCAUAUUAAACCUUAUGGAUUAAGAAUGGGAUGUCACUUAAGUUCAUAUGCGUCUAAAGGCAGGUGAGCGAAUACUUUUGGCAAUAUAGUGUAUUUCAGAGAUUGUCCUGGUGAAAGUUAAUGUCAGUCCUGAUGAGAAUGAACAAAGUUUUAAUCUGUGAAGAGUGAAGCUGAAAGACUGUCUGAAAAGAAAGACUAUCUGAUGUUUUGUGCUUGUGGCAUUCAGACUAAACUCAUAAAACAUCCAGCAGUCACAACAACAGACAGAGAGUUCAGGGUGUGAUCAGUUUGGGAAUAUUUAAUCAGAACACAUGCUGAAAUAAACAGGUGGAUCUAAUGAAGUGUUUUACUUUUAUACUGUCCAGUUUCUUUAUUGUGUAUAAUGUACACUGAUAUACACUGAUCAAACAUUACAUCUGUUAGACAGGAAAGAAUAUUUUGUUUCUCUCAUUUUGACUCGAUCUGCACGCAAUAUUUCCCAGGACUUGAAUAUGAGAAGAGGAAGGAUGUGUUAUUUUUGUAAUUUUAAUUUUGUUCAUAUAAUCACUGUUUAUAAAAGCCAAUUGAUCGUUGAAUGUAUUGCUUACAGUAUUAUGUAAUAAACAGUAAUAUAAUAAACAUGCUUUUACUGUA